UUUGAUGUCUAAUCCAAUCAGCUGUCCGAUGUCCGAUUAAAGUCAGGUCAAAAUCAAAUAGGUAAUCGAAAAAAAAAGGGAAUUUUGAGAGGAUUAGAAAAACCAGGGACAAAUUUCAUAAUAUUUAUCAGCACCAAAAAUAAUCAUAAUUGUCUCGGGGGUAAUGAUUAGUUAGUAAACGGUUACAAGCAUUUUUUUAAACUAUUAAAACUAAACUAACUUGGAAUGCUCGCCCAAGGUAGUUUGACACUCAAUAGACUGCUGUUUAUUAGGUCAUCUAUUAAAAUAUCAAAAAAGCUUGAAAUUGCCAUUUGUCAGCUAUCAUGCCUUAACAAGCCUUGCGAACCAUCCGUCUUAAAUAAACAUGAACUCAAAACCAAGUGCUAUCCCUCAAACAGAUUCUGUGCAACCAAAGACUCCAAAACUAGCCCAAACUUAAUAAAUAAAACCAAAACAGAGACGAAUGAAAAAGACGAUAGUUCAAUGGCUGUUUUAAAAGUUUUAGCACCACAUUUGAAAGUUGUGAGUGAUGAUACUAUUAGUAUUAACAAGGCAGGCAAUGAAGCUGCCAAAAAUAUUAAGGAGCAAAGCCUAGAAAAAUCAAAACCGCUAAUAGAAAAGACGACAAUAACAACAAAACUGAAGGAGAAACUUAUUGGGAGUGUUGUGUCUGAGAAGAAGGAGGAUGGAAAAGAACAGGCAGCUAAAGUACAACUGAAAAAAAGAAAAAAGGUGGACCUCUCCGCUCAAUCUCUAGAAAGAAAUUUUAUAACACCUGUAAGGGCCAUGUCUGAUUUCCUUUUAAAGCCUUCGGACUUGGAAACCCUCCCAAAAACUAAAAGGAGAUCACCCUAUGAGGCCGAACCACCUAUCACAGUUUACUGGAGGAAAGACGUAGAAGCUAAAGCUUUAGAGGUGUGGGGCUCAAAGGAGAAUUUACAGAAGGAACUCAUUAAAAGGGACAUCGAAAGGAAGAAGUAUCAGCAAAAUAUAUUUACUGUUAAAAGAAGACUAAGAGAUUAUAGAAGAGAACUAGGUAAAUCAGCUGAUGUGGUCGAAGAGGAUUCAGGCCUGAUGGGUAGAUCUGGCAGAGUGGUCCUUACGGCAAUUGUCAUUAAUGGCACAAACUGUUUGUUUAAACUCUUUGCCUGGCUGUAUACAGGAUCUCACAGUAUGUUCUCAGAGUGUAUACACUCUUUAGCAGACACUAUUAAUCAGUUAAUUUUGGCUUAUGGAAUUCAUAAAUCUAUUCAGAUUGCAGAUUCUUAUCAUCCUUAUGGUUACACAAACAUGAAAUAUGUGGCUUCAUUAAUAUCUGGCGUGGGGAUUUUUUGUGUUGGAACCGGAUUGUCUUUUUACCAUGGGAUCUCUGGACUGUUACACCCUCAACCCAUGGAGGAUUUCUUUUGGGCUUAUUUCAUAUUGGGUGGGUCUUUGGUGUCCGAAGGUGCUACCUGGCUAGUAGCGUUUAAUUCGAUCAGAAAAGGUGCCAGUGAAAUUAAUAUGUCAGUAAAGGAUUACAUAUUUAGGGGACAAGACCCGAGCGUAAAUGUGGUUCUUCUAGAAGAUUUUGCUGCAGUUGUUGGUGUUAUAGUGGCCGCUGGUUGUAUGGGAAUCUCAUCGAUGACCAACAGUCCUAUACCGGAUGCCUUGGGUUCACUCUUAGUUGGAUGUAUUUUGGGAUCUGUCGCUUCGUUUAUUAUUUAUACUAAUGUAGCCGCUUUGGUUGGCAGGUCAAUACCAGAAGAAAACCUAGAACGAAUUAAUGCGGAAUUAGAAAAAGACGUGAUGAUUAGAGCGAUUCAUGACGUGAAAGGUAUAGACAUGGGUAAUUAUCUAGUCAGAUACAAAGCCGAGUUAGAUUUUGAUGGUAGGGAACUAACGAGGUCCUAUUUGGAUAAACAGGAUCUUAACGAGUUGCUUGAGGAGGUAAAGAAACUGGAAAAUAUCGAUCAGUUUGAGGAGUUCAUGCUUAAACACGGGGAAAAUAUAGUCGAUUCGAUGGGAGGCGAAAUAGAUCGGAUAGAAAUGAAACUUAGGAAAAAACACCCGGAAAUCCGACAUUGUGAUUUAGAAAUUCUUUAAAAUGUUGUGGCAUAAUUUAAGGGUCAAAGCAGUAUUGUUAUUAAGGUAGGACAGGGUAAUAAGGCCCAUUUAAGAAGAAUAUUUUGCUUAUUUAUUAAGGGUUGAAUAAGACAUGAAGAAAUAAAUAUAUGAAAGUUAUUAAGAAUUUUGGAAAAUAAUCAAAUCUUAAAAAUUACAUUUUCAUUUUUCGCGAAGACUGUUGGUUUCUCCAUUUUUUAAAUUCUAAUCGGAAAUGUUCUAUUCAUAUGGGUGUAUAUACCAGUUUUCGAUUCAUGUUUCUAUCUCUAAUAGUGAAAAAGUUAUUAACACUUUUGUAAAAUACCCAAAAACCUAAAAAUAACAAAAAUGUGAAAUUUUCAUUUUGCUGAAAAACUAUUGAAUUCUCAAAAAAAUUAGUUCUAGUCAAAAAUGUACUCUGGAUCUGGGUGUAUAUACCAGUUUUUGUUUCAUGUUUCUAUCUCUAAUAGUAAAAAAGUUAUUAACAAUUUUAGAAAAUACUCAAAAUCUAAAAAUUACAAAAAUUUUAAGUCCCGAGAAUAGACCCUUAUGGAACUCCAGUUUUAAUUAGAAUAUAGUUAGAUUUUGAAAUGUAAAGAUGUUGUCCCGUUUUCACACAGUCAUUACUGAGAUAUGAUUUCUUAAAAAAGAAAUAGAAGUAUUUGAAAAACCAUAAUAGUGAAGUUUAGCAAGCAACGCAGGGCGGCUAAUAGUAUCAAACGCUUUGCUGAAAUCAAGAAAGUACAAACCAGUUAUUUAUUUAUUUUAUCAUUAACUAAGUUAAUUAGAUAAUAUGUAGUACUAAUCGUUCUCUAAAUCCGGAUUGACAAUCAGGAAUUAUAUUAUUUUUAUUACAAAACUGAAUUAUCUUACUAUAAAUAUGUUUUUCCAAAAUUUUAGAUAUUCUGAGUAAAAGUUUAAUAAAAGCAUUUUUCCAAAUUUCAGUCAAGUUAUUUUGUAUUAUGCAGGAAUUCAUGAUAUUCAACAGGGGUCUAAGGAAAAAUGGCGAACAUAAAAUUAAAUCAGAGCCAGUACUAAUAGAGUUUAUUGGAUAAACUAUUAGAAAGUAUUAUUAUUGUAAUUCAAAGUCUGCUCCCUUGGUGUAGUAUCUAUCAGUCAAAUUGCUACAACUUGCAAAAUAUUUAUUAAGCAAUUCAGUCAGCCAAAUUAUGAGUUAUUUCAGAAUCUGUGUUAUGUAAAAGAUUUAACUUCUUGACAGUGAACCAAAAGAUUUUACGGGUCUUUGUUGAUAGGUUUCUAAAAUAUGAGUUUUUUUCAGGUAUUAUGGCAGCAUUUUAUGUUUUAAAUAUUUUAUUUAAUUAAUAAUUUUAUAUUAUCAGUGAUCCAAGGCAAAAAUUGAUUUUUUUUAAGCUGAACUGGCGCAAAUUUGUCAAUUAAGUACUUAAUGUUUGCAUAAAAAGCGUCAAGUUUAUUAUUAAUACUAUUGGAUAGACAUAUAGAAUUCCACGGUAGUUUAAUGGCGGCCUAUUCAAACUCAAGGCGAUUAACAUUAUCAUAAUUUCAAAAUUUGAUAUACUAGAUUCAUUUGUAUUAAUUUUGAUUUGUAAAAUUGCAGAAAUGUGAAUUGAGUCAUUAUUAAUAACUUUUAAAUCCUUGCUAGUAUUGAUUAGAUCUAAAAGAGUAUUUGAAUUAUUAUGAAAACAAUAUCGAGUGGGUUUUGGAAUAUUUUGCAUAAAAAUAAAUGCAUUGAGUAACUGAAUAAAUUUAUUUAAUACACUUGAGAGGUGUUAUUUCAAAAAGGGACAUAUCCACAAAAGUUAAAAAUACGUUUUAUACUGAUUUUUCUAUCAUUCCUAUCGACUAACCCCUUCAAAUCGUUUAAAAAAAAUACAUUUCCCCGUUAAAUUCCCAUAUGAAGGUGUUGUGUUCGAUCAAAACUAGACAUGUCCGCCUCACAUGAAAGUUAAAUCUGUUUUAUUUAAAAUCGGACAAGUCCACUAUUAUUUCUUAUGGGCAAACACCGAUUUUAUCCAAAAUCAGACAUGUCCAUUUUGUGCCCGCUUUCUGCUAUUUCCGUUAUGACCAUUCAAUUACACCAACUUUUAAUCGUUGUUUGCUUUAGUUGUUUAAUUGUUUCGCUGUAGUUUUUAGCCGUGUGGCGUUUGUUUAUCGGCGUUUUAAAAAAUUUUAAGUUUGUUGUGGGCGUUUUGAAAAGUUUCGGUAGUUAAUAUGGAGAGUGGGAAAUAUUAAUGUUGGCAGUAGAAAAAGGAAGCCUUAAGUUCCAAAAGUGGAUAUUUUAAAACGAUAGAGGUAAUAUUUUGUUUCUUACUCGUACGUGCAUUAUAACGUAGAUCGUGCUACCGCAUCGAUUGUGCGUACCUAUCUUUUUCUUUUGUUCUAGGUAUUCUGAUCCAUAUCCUACGUUAAGAAAUUUUGUAAGACCGUGUGAACAUAACACCAAUUCCUUGAAAUGUGCCUUAGUGAAAAAAUCUGAUAUUUUGAGAGCAAGACAAAAGUUUUUCCAGGCACCAAAUAAAAUAUUACAAGAUCAGAAAUGAUGUCGUCUUCUGUCUGUUUGUCCGCCGAAAAGGAAGAGACCUAGGGAUGGUGUAAACGAAGCAAAAAGAAAGGCCAAAGUAUGAUUGCUUCUUAUUUCUUUCGAAUUCGACAAGGAGAGCAAUUUUUGAUGGUGCCCGUUUGUAGGCAGUUUUUGCUUUAGCCUUUAGUGUUUCAAAGAACCGAAUACAGACUUUAAUAAAAACCGUACAAGACGGAAACGUUCCUAAAGAGAAUCGGGGUGUGGUGACCGUUAUGGCAACAAAAAUUUGGACAAGAAGCAAAAAAUUCGUGAUUUUUUAAAUAAUUUGCCAGCCACUGAAAGCCAUUACAACCGCAGUAAGUGUUUACCUGUCUUGUGAACUAAACUUGAACAAGCUAUGGAAAAUGUUCAACGAUAAACAUACCAAUUUCCAUGUGACAAAAUCAAUGUUUAAAAGAAUUUUCUAUUUUGAAUUUAACAUUGGGUUUUCGUCGCCGGCAUCCGAUGUCUGUGGGACUUGCCUAAAUUUGAAAAAUGCCAGAAAACAAAAACGUGAAAACAAAGCAAAGUUAAUGACAAAUCUUAGAAUCAAGAAAAGAUUUUAAAAAGAUUUCAAUCAAGAAGUUUCCAUUAAGAAACAACCAAUUUACAAUAAAAGGAUCUGGAUCAGGAUCUUCAUUUUUUAGAUACGAGGACAUGUCGAAUUCUUACAGGACCUUGUUGAAAAAAACACAGACGGGAAGAAUCACAAAACUAAAAGGAAAAAAAUUAGAAAAUUCAGUUUCAAACGAUAAAAAACUUAAUAUGAAGACGCUUCUUGAAAAACAAUUUAAUAAUGAAGAACUAAAGUGGCAAACUAUACCCGAGUUAAAUUUGUUUUUAAAAAUUGUUGAAGAAUGUGCAACCGAGGACGCAGCAGCUGAAGAAGGUGAAAAUGAAGCAGAAGAGUGCGACUGCUUAGAACCUGACAAUGACAUACAUAUUUGAAAAAAUAUGUUGUAUUUUUCAUUUAAAUAAAAGUUUAUGAAUAAAAACAGUGCCUAAAAUUUAUUUAUACUUUGUAAACACGUAAAAACCUAAAUUAAUAAUUUAAAGUUCAAACAAAAUGGGACAUAAACAUUUAGUUCAUUCAAAACAAGACAUGUCCAAAAUUAUUUUUGAUUUUUCUCUUAAAAAAAAAAGAAGUAUUCAAAACAUCUUUUGGAAAUAUGCUUUUAGGGAAUCAAAGAAUUAUAAUUUAUUGAAUUUAAUAUUUUAGCUCUAAAGGUCUCAUUCUGAAAUGUUUUUUUCGUUUUUCUCAAAAUUAUAAAAUGUGGACAUGUCCUUUUUUGAAUAAACACUCCUCAGUUGAUGGCUGUAGAAACUUUAUAUUAAAGUCCCCCAGUAAAAAUCACUUUAUGACAGACGUUUUUUUUUUAUCUAAUUUAAAAUAAUUCGCAAGUAUUAGAAUGAAUAGCACCAUUAAAGUACAUAUUAUUUAAAAAAUAUACACACACUAUAGUGCUUUUGCUCUUUGGCAGUUGGAUUUAAUCUGACGUAAAGACAAGGCAAAUUCGAUACAUUAACCCCAAUGAUUUUAAAAUGUGGGCUUUAUUACCCUUUCCUACCUUAUUUAUUUUGUUGUCGUUGUUUCUUUUAACGCAUAUGUAAGCUUAAAGGGAAAAAACGUUAUUUUUUUUUAUGCUAAUAAAUAGAGUUCAAUUCUA